GGAUAAAGCGGCAUGCCGCCUGAUGAUCUGCGCGCAGUCCUCUCAUGUCGACUUUCUGCGGCAGGUACGGAGUUUAGAUCCAGUGUCUCUCUUCACUGAUGCGCGGAUAACGACGGCAACCGCUGGUGAAUGUUAAACACACAGACGUCGACUUAUAAGUUUAACGACUAUCGCGAGUACUAAAUGGGAUUCAACGUCUUUCGUACAGAAUGUGAAGAUUUCCUUAAAGGAUGCUGGGAAUUACAGGCUCGUUUGCUGCGCUGUUAUUCCUGCUUUUGGGUUUUAUCUCCGUCUCCUCGGUUGAUGCCGAUGGACAUCAGAAAUGUUUUGUGCAAAGCAGGGAAAGGGAAGCAGAAAGGAGAGAUGAUGAGUUUGAGGGAGGUAAGACAAACUACAUCCUCACCCAGUCAGGUCUCAAACAUUAGAGGAAAAAUCUCAGACAGUUUAUCUGCUCCGCUCAAUGUGACCAUCAAAGCACUAGAGGGGAACUCUGCGAUAGUCACAUGGGACAUUCUGGAAGGCGAACCAGUCAUUGGGUUUGCCAUCACCCAGCAGAAGAAGGACGUUCGUAUGUUGAGAUUCAUCCAAGAAGUCAACACUACCACACGUUCAUGUGCACUUUGGGAUUUGGAGGAAGACACGGAGUACAUCGUCCACGUGCAGUCCAUUAGCAUGAGUGGAUCCAGUCCACCCAGUGAACCAGUUCUGUUUCGCACACCCAAAGAGUCUGAGAAACUGGCCUCGAAAAGCCCAGAUGAAGUGACCAUGGAGGAGGUUGGCCAGUCCAGUCAGCUGAGGGCUGGAGAGCUUAUUAUCAUUGUGGUCGUUCUUGUCAUGUGGGCAGGUGUGAUAGCUCUCUUUUGCCGCCAGUAUGACAUCAUCAAAGACAACGAGCCCAACAAUAACAAGGACAAAGCCAAGAACUCUUCAGAGUGCAGUACCCCUGAACAUCCUUCAGGGGGGCUGCUGCGCAGCAAGGUCUAAUUCCGACUACCCCUUUCGGCAAUAAUAGGCUUUAGCCUCAGGACAGUGCUCUGAGACAAAACAAAUAAGCCAUCAAGUUGUGAAGCCCACCUCUCAUCUUCAAUCGAACGACCUCAUGGCAUUCCCAUCAACCAACAUGGACCCUUUGGUGCUUGUCUGUUUGGGACACUGACGCAAAGCUGAGGACAAAAUCUGGACAGGUGGAUUCCAGAAUUGCAUCACUGGAGGUUUGGAGUGAGUUGUUGAGUUUAAGUCUACAACUGAAACUGAGAACGGCCACCUUAGCUGAAAGACUCAAACCUAUAUAAGACCAGAGACACUUUGCCACCUGGAGCUGUGUAACCUCAUAGAGAUAACCGGAAACCUGCAUGUGGCAAAUCCUAACUAAACCAGGACGGUGUUUGUGAAAUGAAGUGGAAAAGUGCUUUUCCGAGCUCACCGCCGUUAUCAGUUCUAAGACAGGAUUGGGACUAUCAUUAAACUUCUGUCACUGAAAGGGAUAGCAUUUAGAUAUUUCACUCCUCUAUCUCAUAUACCAUACGUUACACACCUUCUCAUCCACAGCUCUCUCUCUGUCUCGUAUUUGGUACUUUCAUCCAGCCUUCUAGUAUUGAUUUCUUUACACUAGCUGGUCCCUCUAUGCACCCCCUCCCGAUUCCACCCACGGUUUUGAACUUUCGGCCUCCAAUAGCCAAUCACAGACAGUCCAGUGUGGUUUAAUCGGUGCAGUCGAAUCUUUCUUCUAAGCACUUUCGCUCUCAGGGCAUUCAGGAAAAACAUCACACAAGAAUAUGACGGACCAACACUCCGCUGAGACCGAACUGCAAAUCGAUCAUUUGGUGAAGAUCUUCAUAUACUAAUAUUGAUAGAAACCUAUUUAAUCGCUUGUGUGUUUCAAGUAAAUCAACAGCUUGCUGUCUCUAAUGACCACAUUAUUAUACACUGAUGGUUAUUUUGAUCUUCAUUCACUGACAUAUUCUUCAGGACUACGGCUAUUCUAUUUACGGCUUUGAUGUGCUGCUACGAUAUAGAGUUGGGUUCUGUUGUUCAGUUGGCUUUGUGAUUUACUGUACUUACCCUUUAAAGGAUCACUUCGCUUUCAUUUCAAAUAUCCUGAUAAUUUACUCACCCCCAUGUCAUCCAAGAUGUUGAUGUGUUUCUUUGUUCAGUCGAAAAGAAAU